AUGUUCCAGCAUCAUGGCUCAAUGAUUACCGACGAAAUUCGCUUCAGCAUCAUUGAUGCGGUUUACCUAAGGCCUGGUAUCUGGGAUUGUCAGAGGCAAGUUCUUAUACCCUCAUUCUCCGCCUCAUCUCUAACUAAUCAUUAUUUUAGAGAAAAAACUGUCGGACCAUCACGUAAAGAGCUCUUCGUUGAGGUCACAAAUCUAAUCAAUCAACAAAAUCAGCUGGAUCCCGAGCUCACACCAGAGGAAGUAGAGAAACAAUGGAAGAAUCUCAAAGAUACCUACGUCAAGACAAGAAAGAAGGUACUUUCUUAUAAUAACGACAGCAUCCCGGUGACACCGAAAUGGAAAUUCUAUAGUUCUCUAAUGUUCCUCGAUGACUUAUUCAACGUUCAUAGAAAUGUGCAGAAACGAAGGAUUGACGAAGUUUCUGGAUCUUCUCAGGGCUCCCUUGUUGGAGGGAAACGCAUUGCUCCCCAGUCAGGUGAAGAAACGGAGGAAGAGGAUGAGUAUAUGGCAUUUUGUCGCUCGCUCCUUCAUCCAUUACGAGAAAUUGCGUACAAGGAUCGCAUCCAGUAUUUGAAAGUCCAGAAAGCCAUCCGUGACCUUCUCCACGACGCCCAGAUGGAUAUGCUUCUCACUCAUAUGCGAUAG